AUGAUGCUCAUACAAUCCUCACUCGUGGCCCUGGCCCUCUUCACAACUUCAUGCCUCGCUAUAUCCAAAAACUUCUACCCCUCCUCAAAGCGCGGCCUCAUCUACAUCCCCAACUCCGACUUCCCCAGCGACGACAAAGUCUGGGUCCAAAAACACUCCGACCUAACAUGGUACUACAACUACAAACCGUACCCCAGCCCUGUCUACGAGAACAACACCUCCUUCCAGUUCGUCCCCAUGCUCUGGGGAGCACCCGAUGGCUUCGAUGACACUUCCUUUCUUGAGAAUGUCACGGCUCAGAUCAUCGGUGGUCGAAACAUCACGUAUGUCAUGGGCUUCAACGAGCCGGACAACUCAAUGGCCAACGGCGGCAGUGAUAUGAAGCCAAAAGACGCAGCCAAGUACUGGAUCAAGCAGCUCGAGCCGCUGAGAAAACUAGGCGUCUCGCUUGGUGCGCCGGCGGUGACGGGAGCUCCUUCGGGGUUUACGUGGCUGGCGGACUUUGUAGAAGCUUGUAAGGGAAAUUGCACAUUUGACUUUAUCCCUAUACAUUGGUACGGAAGCUUUGAUGGGAUGGCGAGCCACAUAGCUGGUGUGCUGGAUGUCUUUCCAGGGAAGAAGAUCUGGGUUACUGAAUUUGCGUUGGACUUUUCAUCUUUGGCUGCGACGCAGGAUUACUUCCAGACAUCGGUGAAGUAUCUCGAUGGAAACAAAAACGUGACUCACUAUUCGUACUUUGGGUCUUUUCGCUCAUUUACGUCGAAUGUUGGGUAUAAUGUGUCGAUGCUGAACUCAAAUGGACAGUUGACUGAUAUAGGAAGUUGGUAUCUUGGAGGUGAUGCGACGGGCGUUAUACCAGGUGAUAAUGUUGUCAAGCCUAAUGUAACAGCUUCCAAGCCGUCUACGCCCACGUACGUUGUUCCAGCAUUGGUCACAGAGGACAGUGACUCGCAGGCCCUGAUGAUUCAGCCGUUGAUAUCCUAUCUUGGUCUACUCGGGCCGCUGAUUGCCUUGUAUAUCACUAUAUAG